AUGGACUGUUGUUUAGGUGGAAUAAAGGGAUGUGCGAAGAUCCUAGCUCCUAUUCUCAUCCCCUGCAAGUUAUGUUGUGGAAGUAAAACUAGUUCUAAUAAUAAGAACUUCCCAAAGCCUCCUCCCCCUGCGCCUCCAUCACCAUCACCACAACCUCCUCCUUCUAACAAUAAUAACCCCUCGCCAACAUCACUAACCUCACCUCCAGACUCAAACACCUCACCAUCGCAACCAUCACCGUCAGAAGUACUACCCCCACUUCCGACGGGGGAGUACGAGGUGUUUCUGAGCUUCAGAGGUGGAGACACGCGUCAUCAGAUCGCCGAGUUUCUUUCCCUUUUCCUAAAAACCCGUGGCGUUCGUGCAUUCAUAGAUGAUAACCAUGGCUACCACGGGGACGAGAUAGGCCCUAGCCUCACUAAGUCCAUUGAACAGUCCAAGAUCUACAUCCCAAUACUUUCUGAGAACUUUGCGGAUAGCAAAUGGUGCCUUAAAGAGCUUGCCAAAAUGGUCGAGUGUCAGGAGCGAGACCAAAGGCACGUCAUAUAUCCCAUUUUCUACAUGGUGGAACCAACGGAUGUGAAAAACCAAACCGGUCCUUAUCAGAAAGCAUUUCAACAGUACGAAGACGCGAAGAAAAUUAGUCCCGAUAUCAUAAAAAACUGGAAGCAUGCUAUGCGUGUGGUUGGGCAUAAAGUCGGACGGACCAUCAAGAGUAAAGAUGCCAACCUUGCAGUUGUAAUAGAUGGUGUUGCCAGCUUUGUGUUGAGGCAUUUAAAUAAAAACGAAAGUGUUUCAUAUGCGGACAUACGAGAAACACAGAAGGACAAGGAUGGUAACAUCAAUUUGCAGAAGAAGCUAAUCUCUCAGGUUAUGAUAAGAGAGGAUUCUAGUAGUUCUAUCAACAUGGUUAACGACGGAAUCAAGCUGAUAAAAGAUAGACUUUCCUCGCUCAAACUUCUUGUCGUUCUUGAUGAUGUGGAUGAUAAGUUCAGAUUCGAGGAUGUUUUGGGAGAUCCUAAGAAUUUUUCUCCUGGAAGUAGAUUCCUUUUUACUUCCAGGGACAAAACUGCACUGAUUGAUCUCGAUCAGUACCGCAAGUUAUAUGAAGUUCAGCCUAUGAAUGAAAAACUAUCGUGCCAAGUCUUUCUUAGGUAUGCUUUCCACAAGGAUUCUCCUAUAACGGGCUACGAAAAUCUAACAAAAAAAUUUGUACAAAAAAUAGGAGGAGUCCCAUUAACUCUUAGGGUUAUGGGCUCCUCUUUGCUGGGGAAAAAAAUACCAUUCUGGGAGGGCGAGUUGAAAAAGUUAAGAAAUUCACCCAACCAAGAAGUCAAGGAAAUUUUGAAGAUAAGUUACGACUCAUUGGAUCCCGAGAGCAAACAAGUAUUUCUUGAUAUCGCUUGUUUCUACAUCGGUAUUGAUCAAGAGAAACCUUCUUACAUGUGGAGUGAUCUUGGACUCUAUCCGGAGGUCAGCAUCACUAUCCUCGACAACCGGUCCCUGAUCAAACUUGGGUAUGACGACGAGUUUCAAAUGCAUGAUCAACUGAGAGACAUGGGGAGAGCAAUCGUUCGUGACGAAAAUCCUGAAUACGCAUGGAUGAGAAGUAGGGUAUGGGAUGAGAAGGACGCUCUGGAAAUGCUACGAAUGAAGAAGGGAUCCAACCAAGUUAAAGCUCUUAGAGUAGAUGAUGCAUAUAACAUUGGCACGCUUACACGCGAGCAUUUUCUGAAUUUGCAAGAGCUAAGAUAUUACGAUGCCGGUGGAGCAACGUUUGGCGGAGACUGCAACAACAUUCUUCCUAAUAUAAGAUGGCUUAGCUUGCGUGGUCACAAAAACAAAGUAUAUCAUCCGGCCAAUUUUCACAUGGAAAAUCUGACAGCUAACAGAUUGAAAGUCCUAGACCUCUCCGGAUGCAGUACUUCAUUGACCAAAAUCCCCGAAUUCCCACAAUCGUGGAGUCUGGAGGUGCUCAACCUUUCAUCUCUCGAACUAAGUUCGGGCUUGGAGUUGGACGUUAGCAAUUUGCGGAACCUAAAAGUGUUGAAUCUACAUGCCAUCAAAUUAGAAAGGAUAGUUGGUGGAACCAUUGGAACUAUGGAAAUGCUCCGAGAACUUGAUCUUAGCAUGCUCGAGUGCAACAAUCUGGAGGAAGUGGUCGUCGAUAUCGGGGAAUUGUCUUCUCUUCAGAUCCUGAAAACAACUGAGGCGGAGGAGCUACCGUUAUUAGGGAAGCUUCCAACGAGUCUGAAAGUGCUACACACUUCAUCUCCGGUUGUUAAUCUCUCGGAGCUGGUGGCUUUGGAGGAACUGAUGGUUGUGAAAUGUGAUCUCGGUCUCCAAAUCCCUACGACUAAGAGUUCGUGGUGGAGUGAAUCCAAACUGAAGUUCAUGAUGCUUAAAAACUCCAACAUGGUUCCCGCAGAAUCUUCUUCUUCUUCUUCUUCUUGUUGUCGGCUCCCAACAUCUUUGACAAAUCUCCACGUGUGGGAUUGUUCGGAAUUGAAGUGGUUGCCAAACUUGGAGAACCUCGAGAAUCUGACCGACUUGUUUGUCGACGGAUGUGGCAGUUUGCAAGAAAUCCAAGGGCUUGACAAUUUGUUGUUGGCCGGAUCCAGUAAGUUGGAGUCUGUUUCGAUGACGUAUUGUCCUCUUCUCACAUCAACGUUCCGCCGCCGUCACGACGACGUCGGCCGUCGUGAGAAAAGAGUCGAAUCUAUGAAAGCAUUGUGCAUCGUCAAGUGUGGCGGCGGCAUACCUCAUCUGUCAAACUUCCCAAGGCUUACGUCGCUGGAAAUUGGGGACGUAACUGAUGAAUUAGCGGCUGAUCAGCAGGGAAUGGGAUCACAACUAGACGGCAUUGCCAAUCUGGAAGAGCUAAAAUAUCUAAGCCUGUUUGGCUUGUCGUCCGUCGACAGACUUCCGUCGCUGUCGAAGCUACGAAAGUUAACUUUCCUAUCCAUCCACGACAUGCCGAAACUGCGGGAGAUCGAGGGUCUUGCCGACUUGAAGUCGUUGAAUGAACUGGUACUCGCUGGUUGCACGUCGCUAGAGAGACUGAGAUUGAUAGCAGCCGAUGAUGGUCUGAAUCUGAAGGAACUCAAGGGAUUAGACAUUCGCGGAUGCAAGAACUUGCCGCCCGGCGAUCUCUGCGCUCUCAAGGCUGUUAACCUGCCGAGUGUGCACAUCAAAUGGCCGCAUGAGCCCUACGAAGACGACGAACCAAACAUACUCCUGGACGAGUUUGAUGCUGUUCUACGGGAGAUGGAGUACGAAGACGAAUCAUCCUGA